AUGGCCUUGCUGGUCGUGACGGGCCUCCCAUGCUCGGGACGUACUACACGCGCCCUAGAAAUCCAGGCAUAUUUUGAGAGCCAGCUAGCUCAGACCCCAUCCUUGACGAGUGUCGUGUGCAUUACCGACGACAACGUGCAUGUAGAUCGCAGCGUGUAUGAGUCGCAACGUACAGAAGGCCGAGCUCGUGCAGCCUACCUAAGUGCUGUGCGCCGUGCGCUGAGUCCUAGUACCAUUGUCAUUGCCGAUGGAGGGGCUGGCUUGAAUAUCAAGGGCUCUCGCUAUGAGCUCUGGUGUGCUACCCGGGAGCUGGGCUUGCGAUGCGCCACGCUCUACGUCGCAUGUACACCUGAUCUUAGUCGGACAUGGAAUACUCAGCGUCGAACUCGUGGCGAGGCGACAUAUACAGAUGCAUGCUGGGACGAGCUGCUUAUGCGCUUUGAAGAGCCAUCGUCGAGUGCUCGUUGGCACCGCCCUUUAUUUACGACCAUUGCUGCCGGGACGCCUGAGGCGCUAGAGUGUACACCCACGCCUCUCGCACCGUUAUGGGAGGCCAUGACGCAGGGCGAUGUCCAGCCACCCAAAGCCGUGACGGCGAUUCGCAAAAAAACGACCAACAACAGCUUGGAAAUGCUGGAUACGGUGACACAGCUCGUACUCACGGCGCUCUCCGAGUACCGUGCACAGGGCGGCGUAUGCGAAGGCCGCAUUUUGCUUCCCAUGCCGUCGUCCAUCCCACCCCCGCCGAUUGUGCUCACCCUGCCAGCCAUGUCCACGUUUCCUUCACCUGCACGACUCCAAACGCUUCGCCGCCAGUUUGUACGCGUGUACGCCAGCAAGGCUGAAACGGCAUAUCGCUGA